UCACGGUGUCUGUCGGGCGAAUGACGGAUGAUUAUAAGCGGUCUUGUUAUUUUUGCUCCUGUGCUUAUCGUUGUGACGCAUUAAUGAAUGAAUCGUGAGUUUUUUCGCGUCUUGUUGCUCUAAUCCUUCUGUUAGGUGUACGUUUUGUCUAAUUUAAUCACUCAGGAGAUUAUACGAGCUACAUUAGACAGCUGACAUUGCCCUCCUUGUUUUAUUCUAGCUUGAAGCAAAAUAUGAUUGACCUAAUUUUGAAUGCAUGACCAAUAUUUGCAUCUGAAUCGCCAUGUAGACCUUUAUUAGUGUGUAAACAUCAUCAGUGUGACAGUCCUCUAUGACGCCAGUGAGCUGCCAAACCAGGUAACCUCUGUUGGCUGCAAUCCUGGACUCAUUUUAAUGUUAUGUACAGAAAUAAGAGGUUAGAUUGGUAAAAUAAACGGUAGAGCAGUGAUCUAGCAGUAAUCUGAGAUGGAUGAGUAUCAGGAGAGUUUGUCGGAUCUCUUUCCCCCUCCACCACCUCAUCCAGGCGCCCGGGAGCGAAUCAACAUCCAGAAGAGCAGUGUCUGCUCCAGGGCUUACUUCAUGGUGGUGAUGGCCUUCUUCCACAUCUACAUAAUAAAUAUCAUAGCUUUGCUGCUUUAUGUGCACUACAACACUGGGUCUGGGGAGGCUUCUGGUGCAGAGCAUGAUGUCCCACUAGAGAAGAGUACUUCUGCCCCUAGAUCCAUACCUGAUGAACAUCAAACCCCAACACCAAACCUGAACCCUGAGCACUCUUUUCAUCUGCCACGCCUGGAGGGGAUUCGGGUUGGGCACGUACAAAAAGUUUCUCUUGUUCCUGACCGGACCCAUAACAUGCGCACUCUCAGCUUGAAACCACUGCUGUUCGAGAUCCCAGGAUUCCUGAGUGUGGAGGAGAGUAGUGUGGUGAUGCAGCUGGCCCAGCUCAAGGGGUUGACCCAUAGCUCUCUCCUCACGACCCCUGAGAGCCAAGAGGAACAACUCACUCAAGACGAGAUCUUCAGUUUGCUCGACCUCAACCAGGAUGGUCUACUGCAGAGGGAGGAGAUUUUGAGUCUUUCUCACUCAACUGAUGGAUCUUGGCUGAGCUCAUAUAACUUGCGGAAAAUCCAUUCCGGGCUUGAGACCAAUCCUUCUGGAGUUUUGUCUCUGCAGGAGUUCAAGCGUGUCAGUGGUGGAGUUUUGCAGUAUGGCAGAGCCGGGCAAGGCAUGGAUGGCCACACCAGGGUCAGGCAGAGGAGCACGCAUACACGACUUUACCUCGGAGAGGGCACACACCACCUGCUCAAGAGCAUCAAGAACAGAGUGACCCGUUUAACACGACUGCCAUCCUCAUUGGUUAAACUCAGUGAGCCGAUGGAAGUGGUCCGUUAUGAGCAGGGUGGGUACAGCCACGCCCACCAUGACAGCAGCCCGACCAACCCAAACAGCAGCUGCGCCCAUACACACUUGGCAGCAAAUAACUCUUCCUCCUACCAGGGUGCAUGCAGGUAUUUGACGGUGUUGCUGUAUCUGAACUCAGUGGAUGGAGGUGGAGAGACAAGCUUUCCUGUGGCUGACAACAGGACAUAUGAGGAGGAGGUCUUGGGUGAUCUCUCUCAGCAGUACUGUGAUAAAGGCAAUCUGAAGGUCAAACCUGCAGCUGGCACUGCUCUUCUGUGGUAUAACCACCUUUCAGAUGGCAACGGUUGGGUUGGGGAGCUGGAUGAAUUCUCUCUUCACGGUGACUGCUUGGUCACUCGAGGCUUUAAAUGGACGGGGAUUGUGUGGGUGAAUAUCGACCCCGACCAGCAACGUCAGGAACGCUAUCAGCGUCUGGUCUCAUGGCACCCAGAAGAGCAAAGCAAAAGAGCAGAGCAUAGUGACCUUCACCAAGACCUCUGAACCAGACCUCAAGUUAGACGUGAAACGUGUAUGUUCAUCUAGAAUCAGUUUCCCUUGGCAAAUCCUCAUGUCGAACAUUAUUUAGACAAGUUCAAAAGCUAAAGCUGGAUCAGUUAGAGAGACCCACUUGCACAAGCUGUACCUUUACAUAGUGGUCACCCCCUGCUUAUGUUACGUAUUAUUUAUUGUCCAUGACUGGGAAAUUGCUCUUUCAAUAAUAGCUAAAGUUGCGCUAAGUUUAACUGCUGGUACUGCACAAGUGUAUCAAGUUAUCCACUAUUUAUAAAGGAGUUUAUUUAUUAAGUGUGGCAUAUUUAUUGAAAAUUAUUAUUUAUUUGUCAUAUUGUUUAUUUAAUUAAUUAUUAAUAUACACCUCAUAUGUGGUGCAUAUAUAAAUAGAGUCACAUAAUGUGUGUGUUUAUCUCAGGUUUGGUUACGCACAGAUUGUCUUUUUCCAUUUUAAUGCACUAUUUCAAUCAAAGAAAUUGUCAAAUAUGUAAAAUGUUAAAUUAUUCAUACUGAGAAAUAAAUUCAUUCCUAUAGAA